CGGCGGCGGCUCGGGCAGCUUAUGGGAGUGUGGGGAGGCGGCUGGAGGAGCCCCGAAGCGCUUGCAGGCCAGCGCCUCCGUGGAUCUCGGAGUAGUCGGACAUCGUCUUGGAGACCGGCGCGGGACACCCCGGAGGCGGAUCAGAAACUGGCCGAGAACUCCGCUCGCUGCCGGCGCUGGGAGGAGAUCGGGAGCCGCCUGGGCCGGCUGUACCUUUCGCGCCUGCGUCCCCAGCCUGGCCAUCAGCCAGAGGCGCUGAAAAAGAGGCUGAGGUUCAGGGUUUGGGAGGAGAUCCAGAUGAAAUAGGUUUCUCAGCAGAUCCAGCGCCGUUGAUCCCAGCGAGCGCACACUUUUUAAAACAUGAAGAAAUUAAGGCUUAAGGAACUAGAGAGUCGCCUGCAACAAGUGGAUGGAUUCAAAAAGCCCAAGCUACUCCUAGAACAGUAUCCAACCAGACCGCACAUUGCAGCAUGUAUGCUGUAUACAAUCCAUAACACAUAUGAUGACAUUGAAAAUAAAGUGGUUGCAGAUCUAGGAUGUGGCUGUGGCGUGCUCAGCAUCGGAAGUGCAAUGCUAGGAGCAGGGUUGUGUGUUGGAUUUGACAUAGAUGAAGAUGCAUUGGAAAUAUUCAGUAGGAACGUAGAAGAGUUUGAGUUAACAAAUGUUGACAUGGUUCAAUGUGAUGUGUGCUCAUUAUCUAACAGAAUGUCCAAGUCAUUUGAUACAGUAAUUAUGAAUCCUCCCUUUGGGACCAAAAAUAAUAAAGGGACAGAUAUGGCAUUUCUGAAGACUGCUUUGGAAAUGGCAAGAACAACAGUAUAUUCUUUACACAAAUCCUCAACUAGAGAAGUUUUGGCAACCCUGCAUCAAGCAAGUCUUAUCAGUGCCAUUUUUCCAACACCAUUUGCUCACUUUGUGUCUCUGUCACAUUACGCACAUUCAAAAGAAAGCUGCAGAAUGGAAAAUCAAGACAGAUAUUAUUGCAGAGCUGCGAUAUGACCUGCCAGCAUCAUACAAAUUUCACAAAAAGAAAUCAGUGGACAUUGACGUGGACCUAAUUCGGUUUUCUUUUUAAAAGCCUCCAAAGACAAAAGCAGCUUAAAACUUAAUUAAAAUGAAUAAAAAAAAUGUUGUUUACUAAA